AUGGCUCCACAGACUGGCUCCACAGAAAAGGAAAGGAAACCUGUUUCAACCUUUCUACAGCUUUUCACUUGGGAAGAGAUCAGAAUCCACAAUGGCCGUGGCCCAAGCAAGGAGCAGUGGCUGGUGAUUGACAGGAAUGUUUACGACGUCAGCAAUUUUUCCAAACGUCACCCUGGAGGCAGCCGGGUCAUUGGCCACUAUGCCGGACAAGAUGCAACGGAUGCCUUUGUAGCAUUUCACAGUGACAAGGCUCUGGUGAAGAAAUACUUGAAGUCUCUGCUGAUCGGGGAACUGGCACCAGAUCAACCCAGCUUUGAGUCUAACAAAAAGAAAUCACUUUUAGAGGACUUCCGUGAGCUGCGCUGCACUGUUGAGAAGAUGGGACUUCUGAAUCCAGAUUCCACCUUUUUCUCCCUGAUCUUCCUUCACCUCCUGGUACUGGAUGCUGCAUCCUGGCUGACAGUCUGGUACUUUGGGAUAUCAUUAGUGCCCUUCAUUGUUGGCAUGGCAUUCUUCACCAUUGCUCAGAUCCAGAUGGGCUGGUUCCAACACGAUCUGGGGCACUGCUCUGUCUUUAGGAAGCCUAAAUGGAACCAUCUGCUGCAGAUCAUUGUGAUAAAUACCCUGAAGGGUUUACCUGCCAGCUGGUGGAAUCAUCUGCACAAUCAGCACCAUGCCAAACCCAACUGCUUCCGCAAGGACCCCGAUCUCAACAUGCACCCUCUCCUGUUCAGCUUGGGAAAGACACUCUCUGUAGAGCUUGGAAAAAAGAAGAAGAAGUUCAUGCCUUACAAUUAUCAGCAUAAGUAUUUCAGCUUAUUGGCCCCACUUGCACUUGUACCCUUCUUCCAGCUGUCCAUAUUCUACUUUGCAAUCAGGAAGAAAAAGUGGUUGGAACUGUUAUUGGUGGUGUUUUACAACAUCCGAGUCUGCCUCAUGUAUAUUCCUUUAAUGGGAUUUAACAAUUUCAUGGUGUACUAUUGGAUGUCCAGGUACCUAGAGAGUACAUGGUUUAUUUGGGUCUCGCAGAUGAACCACAUUCCAAUGCACAUUGAUUAUGACAAGAACAAAGACUGGGUAUCUACUCAGCUCCAUGCAACAUGUAAUGUGAACCAAUCUUUGUUCAAUGACUGGUUCACUGGACACUUGAACUUCCAAAUUGAGCACCACCUUUUUCCCACAAUGCCUCGACACAACUACUGGAAAGCAGCUCCUUUGGUGAAAGCUCUUUGUGAUAAGCACGGCAUUGAGUAUAAAAGCAAGACAUUACUCAGAGCUUUUGUAGAUAUUUUGAACUCACUGAAAGAGUCAGGGGAACACUGGCUUGAAGCCUAUCUGCAUGGAUAGAUACUGGCAGCUCUUGAAGGGAACUUCUUCACCAGACAACUGCUGCAAAGAGGCAGCACGGAUCAACAGAGUGUUUGUGGCUUCUGACAUAGGAACUUGGGAGCUGGGUGAAGCUAAUUGCAGUAAGAAUGAUGGGUGUGAAAGUGGAUUAAAGACGUAUUUUUUUCAUUGUUCUGAACCACAAUAUCUCUGUUUUUUGCUGCUCUCGAACUCAGUAUUCAGAGCCAUGACAAACUGGGCCUUUAAAUUUGGGAGUUGUAGUUCUUGAAUCAGCUGGUUCAAUUUACUGUGUAGGUGGGGCUUAAAACACCUCAGCUCCUUUAUUAUGGGAAAAGUUUAAAUGGUACUUCUUAGCAUUUCUGGCUUAAUGGGUUAAUGAAAAUGGAAUUAGAUAAAGCAAACUGCAGGAAGUCAAAACACAUUAGGAUGGGAGGAUCUUCAUGGGAUAUUCCAGGAUUGGUAAGUAUACAAAGAACAAGAUGAUCUGCAGUAUGUUGUCGUCUCUAGUGUACACCACUUUCUCUUACUAGUUAACUGAAGUGUUAUAACUUGCCCUGUUCAUGAAAUGCGUAGGGAAGUAGAUAACUGGAUGCUCCUUUUUACUUCUCUAAGACCUAGUUUGA